UAGUACAGCAGUGAACCUGAAGGCAUUAGCCCGCUCUCCUACAUGGCACGCUGAAGCUUUUUGUUUUUCUACUUAGACAUCCUUGAUUUGCAUCUGCGUCGGCAGCGUUUUUCACCAGCAGAUCUUUCCUGUGAGCUGUCAUAAAGCUCCUACAUAAAAGGUCAAUUUAAAGGAAGUUGUCUUUGUGCAUCUCGCAACUGAAAGCUCCGGACUCUGGCAUGAGCAGUGCUGGGACACCAUGCGCAGCCUUGUCUUCCUGGCUGUUUUACUGCCCUCAGCCGUAGGUGCUGCCGAGUUCCUUCAAGGUCCUCAGAACGCCACAGCGCUGCUCAGCAGCACCGCCAAGUUCAACUGCACUGUGUCGAAGGACUGGGUGGCCUUGAUCUGGGAGCUCAAGGAUGUGCCUGUGCUGAUGAUCAUGCCUCAGGUGGGGGCCGUGGGAGUCUCUGACCGUUACGACAUGCAGAACUACACCACUCUGGACACCUUCACCUCCGAGCUCAUCAUCCACAACGUCUCGCGCCAAGACAGCGGCCCCCUCACCUGCGGGCUGCUGAACGCGGGGAACAAGGACGCCACUCUGUCUGUCGAAGUGCCGGGUGGGCUGGAGAUCUUGAACAACAGCCUGGAGGUGCAGUGGAACCAGUCCGCCACCGUCCUGUGUCGGGCCAGGGGCUGGUACCCCUCUCCUGGCAUGGCCUGGAUGCUGGACGGCUCGCCCGCUGACCCAGGCAGCUACAGCACUGAGAGCAGCAUCGAUGACACCGGGCUGUACGUCUCGACCAGCACCCUGCUCGUCACCCCCACCCACAACCUCACAGUGGAGUGCCAGGCCUCCAUCCCCGCCCUGGCCGCCCCUCUCCGUGCCAACGCCUCCCUGGUUGUGACGGAAGUUCUCGUUCCAGCCCCCGGCCAGCCCAGGAUCGACAGGACUGUGCUGAUAGCAGUCACCGUGUCCGUCUCGGCUGCCAUUCUGCUGGUGCUGCUCAUCAUUCUGAUUGUGUUCUGUUGCAAAAGGAAAAGAAGACCCAAACCCAGCUAUGAGAGCUAUGAGGAGGAAACAAGAAAAGACUCACAGCAGAGAGCACAGAAUGGACAAGCCCCACAGACACUGCCAAUCCAGGGAAAGAACAACCUGGGAUUCUCCAAGGACACUCCAGCAGGUCAUUACUAUAAUAUUUACGCUCUAAGCAACAGUAACAGGAACCAGAAAAACUCCAUGGAGGGAUUGGAGAUACCUGAUGUAAUUCAAGGGAAUUUCAAUUCAAAUUUUUCGCAAACCAACUAUACAGGCUCGGUCUAUCCAGCUGGUGCCAAGAAAGUGAGGCACGUCACCUCUGUUUGACUCAAGGACAGUGUGCACAGGAGCUGGACACAGAGACCUGGACCUGUGCAAGGUCACAGGUCAGGCUGGGGUGCCGUAAUGGAAUUGAUCAAAACCGUCUCUCCCUUCCCUCCUCCAUUGUGAGCUUCCACAGUUCUCUUCUUUUGGCACAGAAAGGGCUACAGUCACACUCGUCUCACCCUCCUCUGGCUGCGUGCUCCGAGCAGGUUUUGUACUGUGUGGUCUUAGCAAAUUCAAAUGGUCCUCCUUUAUUCUGUUGCAGUUUGCAUACCUUGGCAUGCCAGCUGCUCCUCCAGUGUGCAGUGCGCAGAGAGUGGACACACAGGAAUAGUCCAGGUGCACAUCCAGGGAGUGAGACUGGGGCCAGAGGUACUGUUUAGAAAUAAAUAUUGCUGCUGUUGAUUGCAGGGUUACUAGGCUGUAGGCAGGUGACGUAGAGAUCUCACAAGUAGCAGUGCACUGUUCUUCAGCAAGAAAUGACCAGAAAUAUUUUUAUAAACCUGGGUACAUUUUUUAAAUGUCAUGCUAAGGGCUACUUUAGUACCACUGGGCUCCUUUAUGGGAGCAGGGGGGCUGUUCAUCUUUUUAAAUUAAAUGCCUAUUUUCUGCAAAGAUUGUUUCCCCAGCUCUGUGGGCAGCUCAUAAAAUCAGGGCCUUGACACCUCAUUAAAAUCAAGGGCUUCCCUUGCCAGACAAAAGCGUGCAUAUGGCUCUACUGCGGUGAUUAAGUGACUCUACUCCAGAGCUGGCUCGUGUGAUCAUGGCAGGGAGGGACCGGGAGCUGUGACUUGUUCAGGUUGUGUGUUGUGUUUAAACAAUCUGAGAAGAGCCCACUAAGCACCUCUCCACCGCAUGCCCUUCUACACUACUGACCACACGAAGAGCAGCGAGCUAAUCAGUUUGUAGUCUGUAGAAAGGAUCUGCAAUUUGCCUUUACUUUCCUCAUCAUCUGUCAAAUUAUUGCUAAGUGCCAUUAUUUAAUUACUGCUACAUUUAUUCCUUGGAAUGGCCAUACCCCAGUGAUCAAACCAGAAAAAUGCAGGCCAUUACUGGCUGCUAAUGAGACCUCAGAUUAUGUUGCAACAUUUCAUUAUGUGUUUCUAAACCCAUUGUACUGUGUGCACAUUGCAGUUUCUGCCCUCCAGCAGCUGUUCCUCACUGUUCCAUGUCACACACCAGCUGAUUGUGAUCUUUAUUACGAAAACGAGAGCUACAGUCAAGCCACAACUCGCAUUCCUGGUGUAUGCUGGCUAGAAACCUUCUGUUUGUGCAAAGCUGAACAUUAAAUCCUCCUGUGUUUUGCAUCUUAAGAUAAUAAUACAAAUAAAAUGCCAAGACAUUUCAGGUCUUUUAAAAUGUU